CUUUAUCCAUUACUCCGAAAGCAAUAUAAAUAAAUGUAGUAUUGUAGACUUGGGAAUUGAAAAACACAGCCACCUUAGAAAAAAACAAAACCAGAGAGAGAAAAACAGGUUCCUUUGAAGUUUGAUCAAUGGCGUCAAGGAGGAGCUUUCUUUCAAACCCGAACCGUUACAUCUUUCCGACAACCUCAGACACCCAUUUGAGCCCAUCCCAAGAGGGCAAGGGCAUGUUCGAGUUGGACGAGGCCGAGUUAUGGAACAACAACCACUCUUCAGCCACAACGGAUCAGAGCAAAAAGGGGUUACCCUCUCCGGGUUCCCGUUCCGUUCUGAAGAAAGCUUCAAGGAACAACAACAAUGGUUGGAGAGGUAGAAUCACCCCAGCGUCAUUGCCUGUGAACAUACCCGAUUGGUCCAAGAUCUUGAAGGAGGACUACAAGGAGCACCCCAAGUGGGAGAGUGAAGAAGAAGAAGAAGAAGAAGAAGAAGAAGAAGAAGACAACAACGUUCGUGAUGAACAAAACCAUGGGCUCAGGAAUAUUAAGGUUCCCCCACAUGAGUAUUUGGCUAGGACAAGAGGUGCUUCUCUGUCGGUGCAUGAAGGGAUCGGAAGGACUCUCAAAGGAAGAGACUUGCGCAGUGUCAGAAAUGCCAUUUGGAAGAAAGUUGGUUUUGAAGAUUAAUUAAUUAUUAGUAUUAAUAAUAUAUAAUUAGUGUUAUAGUGGGGUGGGGAUUAGAGCUAGCUUGGUUUCAUCUUUUUCCUCUAAUCAUAGUAGUAAUAUAUAUAUCGCGAGAGAGAUAGGGAUACGAUAUGGAUCGGAUUCCAUAUUUUUUUUCCAGAAUUUUUUUUUUGGGAAAAUUUUGGUUAAUGACAAUUAAUUACUUUAGUGACUGCUAGUUAUAGUUAUAUAUGGUAGCUAUGUGUUUGUAGAGAUCCAUAUGCUAUGUUGUUCGAGUGGAUGAUCUCAUGAUCAUAUAUUUAGGGGACUUUUUGUUUUUUUAAAUGGUGACUUGUAUUGUAGUACUAAGUAAGGAGAUGAUGACCAUGAUCAUAUCCUCAUUUUGGGUGUCUACUGUUUUUAAAGAAGGACCACUCUUGAGCUCUACAUUCAACUUUUUUUAUUAUUGGAUAUAUAUGUUUACCCUAUUUAUGAAUAUAUUAUCUUUUUGGGUUGGAUUUAA